UGUUUACAUGCUGGUCAAGUACGACCUGUUGCUCCUGCUGCUGUAUCAAUAUCUUCUUUACAGCUGGGAGUCACGCAUAUGAUUGAAGCCCUCUGCCUUUGAAGAUUAUAAAUCUUCCUUGCGCCUGAGAAUGACGUCAUCCGGGCGGCUCCGAUCAUUCAGCAUCACAGAUCUACAACACGGCUCAAGUGAACACCAAGUCGACAGAUUCCGAACAUAGCACACAUCGUGCCAUAUAUCACUAUGUCUCAGGUAUCUGACAACAUAGAGUUCCUCAAAGCACUCCCGAAAUGCGAGCACCAUAUCCACAUCGAAGGCUCCCUGUCCCCUGAACUCCUCUUCCAGCUCUCCGCGAAAAACAACAUCCCACUCCCUGAAUCCGAUGCCGCAUACUCAUCAAUCCCAGCUCUCCAUCAGCGAUACGCAGAUUUCCAAUCCCUCGACGACUUCCUCGGCUAUUAUUAUACCGCCAUGUCAACACUCAUCCACGCCUCCGACUUUGAAGCCCUAGCCAUGGCCUACUUCACCCGCGCUGCUGCCGACGGCGUCCUGCACACCGAGCUCUCCUUUGACCCGCAGGCUCACACCUCGCGCGGCAUCGCCCUGACCACGGUACUCACUGGCCUUAGCGCCGCACGCGCUCGCGCAGCAUCUGAACUGGGCGUCUCGUCGGUGCUGAUCUGCUGCUUCCUGCGCCAUCUACCGGUGCACGAGAGCCUGGUGUUUUUCGAGUCCGAGGCCCUGCAGCAGGCGUUUGCCAGUGGCGAGGUGGUGGGUAUUGGGCUUGAUAGCAGUGAGGCUGGAUUUCCGGCGCGGGGAUUCGAGGACUUGUAUACGCGGGCAAGGGCGCUCGGGCUGCGCGUGACAGCGCAUGCGGGCGAGGAAGUGGGCCCGGAGAGUGUGCGCGAGGCACUGGAUGUGUUACGGGUGGAGAGGGUGGACCACGGGAUCAGUCUUGUGCAAGACGAGGCGUUGAUGCGGAGGGUGGCUGAGGAGGGCGUCAUGCUGUCUUGCUGUCCGCUGUCGAAUGUGGUGUUGCGGAAUGUGAAGAGUGUGGCGGACGUGCCGCUGAGGGUGUUUCUGGAGAAAGGGGUGAGGUUCAGUGUGAAUAGCGAUGAUCCGGCGUAUUUUGGGGGCUAUAUUCUGGAUAACUUUGUUGCGGUGCAAAAGGCGUUUGGGUUGAGUGUGGAGGAGUGGAGGACGGUGGUGACGAAUUCGGUCGAGGGGAGCUGGUGUGAUCAGGCGAGGAAGAGCAAGAUUCUGGAGAGGCUUGAGAUGGUUGUUGAGCAAUACACGCUGAAAGCUUGAUGUGAGGUGAGCUAAUUUCCCUUGCUUCAAUCGCUUGUACAGCAGCCUUCGAAGCAAUAGAAUACUUCACCUCUUGUCUCUACUUGUUCUCAGAUAAUUC